AACUGUUGAAAUCUCGGUUUCCUAAUUGGGAAGUAUACGGGUGGCCGAGCUUCCCCUUUAGGAAGUUAAGAACGCAACCCUAGAUGACGAAAUGCCCCUCACCCCGCGCAGACCCUACUGGAAGCUAUAUAGAUGGGGGAGAUCUUGCCAGUAUGACAAGUGUCAAGGUACUUCCAAUACAGUAUUAUCCUUUUCUUCCCUUCCCAGCCAAUUCAACCAUAUACUCUAAAAUGUCCGACUUCUCCGGCGUUUCACUCAAAGGCAAGACCGCAAUCGUCACCGGUGCUUCAAGGGGCAUCGGCGCGGGAAUCGCCAUUCUCCUAGCCAAGCGUGGCGCCAACAUCGUCGUCAACUACGUCUCAGAGGGUAGCAGGAAGCGCGCCGAGGAGGUAGCAGACGAGAUCACCAGAGUCGGAACCAAGGCUAUUCUAUGCCAGGCCAGCGUCAGCAACCUAGACGAGAUCCCGCGGCUGGUAAGCGCCGCGCUGAAGAUCAGCGAGACGGGGAAGAUUGAGAUUCUGAUACACAAUGCUGCCCAAGGCCUCGAAGCUAACCUCGUCGAUACCUCGCCGGAGUUCUACACCACCCACUUCGACUGCAACGUGCGCGGCCCAAUCUUCCUAACCAAGGCCGUCGAGCCCCAUCUGCCCAAAGGCGGCCGGAUCGUGUUUAUCUCGUCGGCCGGUGCACGGCUCGGCGUUGCAGGACAGACAGUGUACGCCGCCACCAAGGCCGCAGACGAGGCGCUUGUCCGGGUCUGGGCGAAGGAGCUGGGCCAGUCGCAUGGCAUUACAGUGAACUGUGUGAAUCCUGGCCCUGUUGCAACUGACCAAUGGUUCCAGAGCGAUGAGCAGUUCUUGAAGGAUAUGCAGCCCUUGAUUGAAUCGACCCCUGCGGCACCGAGGGUGGGAGAGGUGGAUGAUAUUGCGCCCCUAGUUGCGUUCUUGUGUAGUGAGGAUGCGAGGUGGACUACUGGGGCUUGUCUGUCUGCAAAUGGGGGGCUUUACAAUUAGAUAACUAUCGCCUUGAAGGUUUUUUUUUGUCAUCUAUCGUCAGAUACGAAGCCUUUCCCGGGCUGGAAUUCGCCUGGAAACUAUUUCCCUAGGAUAGGAACGGAC